GUUAUGCUUCGGGUCUUGUCACUGGAAAUUUUGGCGAAUUUACAGAUUUUGACAAUAUAUGUCAAACCAAAUUUAGAAAAGUGUAUAAGUGUAAAUGGAAAAAAUGUGAUCUUACUGUCGUUCAUAAGGAUCUAGACGUUAAUAGCAAUCUUCAAAUUGUUCAAGAG